AUGGUCAACGCCACCGAAGAACCCAAGGAGACAGCCCAGUCGCACACGCCUCGUACGCCGCCGCUCUCUGCAGCACUUGAAUCUUUCAAUACUGAUGCAACUUCUCAAGCCGAGGCCGAGGAUGCGACUACCCCCGUCCCUGACGCCACCGAGGACGGCGGUCUCGACCUCACCAUGAAGAAGAAGAAGAAGAAGAAGGUCCCCAAGGAGGGCGAGGAGGGCGAAGAGGCCCCCGCUGGCGAGGAUGGUGCUCUCGACUUGACCAUGAAAAAGAAGAAGAAGAAGAAGACGGUCGCCAAGGAGGGCGAGGAUGAGUUCGCCGCUAAGCUCAAGGCCCUGGACCUCGAGGGCAAGGAGGCUGAGGCUGCCGAGGGCGCCGGCGAGGCUGAUGAGGGCGAUAUGGAUGCCGGUACCGGUAUCUGGCAGCACGACGAGACCAAGGCCCUCAGCUACAGCCUGCUGCUCGACCGCUUCUUCCACCAGCUGUCCCAGAAGAACCCCGACCACGCCCUCAGCGGCGCCAAGAGCUACAAGAUCCCGCCCCCGCAGUGCAUGCGUGAAGGCAACAAGAAGACCAUCUUUGCAAACAUUGCCGAGAUUUGCAAGCGCAUGAAGAGAACAGAGGAACACGUGACCGCCUACCUUUUCGCUGAGUUGGGUACCAGUGGUUCCGUCGCCGACGGCAGACGCCUUGUCAUCAAGGGUCGUUUCCAGCAGAAGCAACUCGAGAACGUGUUGCGCAAGUACAUCAGUAAGAUAAUAUCCGUUUUCGCCCCUUUCCCGUCGAGUACGCGGUUGCUGACCAAUUCCUUCCCUUCCCCUGCAGUCGAGUACGUCACCUGCAAGACCUGCAAAUCCGCCGACACCGAGCUGUCCAAGGGAGAGAACCGUCUGUACUUCAUCACCUGCAACUCUUGCGGAUCGAGACGUUCCGUCACUGCCAUCAAGACUGGUUUCUCUGCCCAGGUCGGAAAGAGAAAGAAGAUGCUCAAGUAG